AUGAAGGCAAGGGCUAUGAUUUUCAUCAGAAAACAUAUGGAGGAAGCACUCAAGGUGAAAUAUUUAGCUGAAGAGGACCCACGAUCUCUUUGGGUCGCUCUAGAAGAGCGAUUCAACCAUCAAAGGGCCAUCUACUUGCCGGAAGCAAGGCACGAUUGGCAGAACAUACGUUUCCAGGAUUUCAAGAUUGUCAAUGAGUAUAACUCUAAAAUCUGCCGGAUUCGGUCACUCCUAAAAUUUUGUGGAGAAGAGCUCACAGAAGCUGACCUACUGGAGAAAACUUUCUCCACCUUCCCUCCUUCCUGUAUGGUCCUGCAGCAACAAUACAGGGAGAAAAACUUUGCUAGAUUCUCAGAAUUAGUCACCAUCAUGUUGCUCGCUGAAAAGAACAACAACCUACUUCUAAGGAAUGAUCAAGCAAGGCCCACUGGUACUAGAGCAGUUCCUUUGCUUGAAGCAAAUACUAUUGCCCAUCAUGAAAAUAACCAUGGACGGAGGAACCGGGGCCGUGGAAGGGGAAGAAGGUCUGAACGUCUGAGGCAUGGAAGGAGAAAUGGGCCCAGAAAUGGCCUAUAUGACUGUGACCACCUAUGCAAUGGCCCAAGGGGUCGAGGAGGACGUGGACAAGGUCCACGUGGUGGAAACCGAAAUGCCCAAGUCCGACAAGCUCAAAUUAGAGAGAACGCUGGCCCGGCCUGUCGCCCUCAAAAUCAGCAUAAUCUAUGUUAUAGAUGUGGAGGCACUGACCAUUGGUCCCCACCUGUCGUGCAACAGAUGAACAGAUAG